AUGUUCGCUUCGUUAAUACGCCGCGAAUUAGCUCAUUCAUCGCGGUGUAUUCAUUCUUCUAUUCCAAGCCUCUGGCAGACCUUUGAGAACGAGCGUCAUUAUGAGCCUGGAGAAGAUUACUUGAAGCGGACAUGGCACGGACUUACCUACGAUUUUCGACGAUGGAAGCGUCGAUAUCAAGAGGCGCGAAGGGAUGCAUUCAAACGUCGUAACCCUGUGGCACACAUGAAACAAGCAGUGAUUGACAAUGAAUUAUUUCCUUUUCGGGCAGAGAUACUCAUCAUUGGAGGAGGAUUGACAGGUUCAUCAACAGCUUACUGGCUCAAGGAGCGCUUUCGAGAUGAAGACUUCAAGGUUGUAGUAGUUGAGAACAACGACAGGUUUACUCAAAGCUCUACUAUGCUUUCAACCGGCGACAACGCUACGCCUGACAUAAACUUGCUGCCGAAUGGAUAUCUUAAUAUCGCCCUUAAUGAGGAGCAGGCUGAAACGUUGAGGAAGAGCUGGAGAACUCAACUUGAUAAGGGAGCAUGCGUAGCACUUUUGUCCAAGGACCAGUUGAAAGAGCGGUUUCCGUUCAUGGAGGUGGACGAUAUUGUCCUUGCGACUUUAGGCCUGGAGAAUGAGGGUACAUUUGACACUUGGCAGCUACUGUCGGCCAUUCGUGAAAAGAAUAUUACGCUUGGGGUACAGUAUGUCAAAGGUGAGGUGGAAGGUUUCCAAUUCGAGCGAAGUCGAACGAGACCAGAGCCUCACGCAAUGGAAGACCACGAGAUCGCUGAUCAGGAAAAGCUUCGUGCUCAGAAAAUCUCGGGUGUAUUUGUCCGUCCACAAAUGUCUGAUACGUCAGCUCGGCCGAUUCGAGCUCAUAUGAUAGUAAAUGCUGCUGGUCCUUGGGCAGGAAAGAUCGCUGAAUUGGCUGGCAUAGGCAAGGGACAAGGAUUGUUGGCCGUCCCCGUUCCAGUACUUCCUAGGAGACGAACAAACUUUGUUGUUUACGCACCAGAUGUCCCAGUAGAUAUGCCAUCUCUCCUAGAACCAUGUGGUGUUCACUGCCGUCAGAUUGAUGUUGGGAAUACUUUUGUAGUAGGAAGAAAUCCAACAGAAGAGGAGGAUCGCAUCGAUGAUCGUGAAUCCCUUGAAGUAGACUACAACGAGUUCUAUGAAAAGAUUUGGCCUGUUCUGGUAAAACGAGUACCUGGAUUCCACUCUGCGAAGAUAAAAUCAGCGUGGUGUGGCUUUCAAGAUGUAAACAUUUUUGAUAGUGCCCCAGUAAUAGGUGAACAUCCGAUUUAUCAAAAUCUCUAUAUGAUGUGCGGAUUUGGUGGCAGGAGUGCAAUGCAUUCUUUGGCAGCCGGAAGAGCCUUCGCUGAACGAUUAUACGACGGGGCUUAUGUGAAUAUUAAUCUUAGAAAAUUCGAUAUGCGGCGUCUAGUCAAAAUGGAUAGGCUUCAAGAGGAAUUUAACGCUUGA